CUGAAUCACGCCAUCACUAGCUCAAGCUGCCUCCUUCCUCCUCGAGCUCCCUCGCUCACUCCUCUCCGAAGCUGAAGAAGAUGUCACUCUCCUUGCAAUCUCCGCCUUCUUCGACUCUCUCCUCCUCCUCCUCUCUUCACGACGGGAAGCUGAGGCUGCUCGCUCGAUCCGCGGCGUCGAAGCUCGCGUUCUGCUACAAUCCGUCGCUUCCUCGGAUUCGAGCCACCUCCAACUCCUCCUCCUCUCUCGAUGCCGGUCUGAGCACUGAAUUGGAUGCGGUGUCCAGCUUCAGCGAGAUCGUUCCUGAUACUGUCAUCUUCGAUGACUUCGAGAAGUUUCCUCCUACCGCUGCGACCGUUAGCUCCUCGCUCCUCCUGGGGAUAUGCAGUCUUCCGGAUACUAUUUUCGGGAAUGCCAUUGAAAUGGCCUUGGCUGAUAGAGGCUGCUAUGGGUUGGCGAACAAUGAGAUGAGGUUGUCCUGUUUUGUCAACAAGGCUUUGGUCAAUGUCGGAGGUGAUAUGGCAAAGCUUGUUCCGGGUAGAGUAUCAACAGAAGUGGAUGCUCGUCUGGCUUAUGACACUCAUGGAAUUAUUCGAAAGGUGCAUGACUUGCUAAAGCUGUACGGCGAAGUAAAUGUUCCUCCCGAGCGUUUGUUGUUUAAAAUUCCUUCCACAUGGCAAGGGAUAGAGGCCUCAAGAUUGCUUGAAUCUGAGGGCAUACAGACACAUUUGACUUUUGUUUACAGCUUUGCUCAAGCAGCGGCUGCCGCACAAGCCGGUGCUUCUGUCGUUCAGAUUUUUGUUGGUCGUCUUAGGGAUUGGGCACGCAAUCACUCUGGUGACCCAGAAGUGGAUGCUGCUACGAGAAGAGGUGAAGAUCCAGGGUUGGCUCUGGUGACGAAGGCUUAUAACUACAUCCACAAAUAUGGGCAUAAAUCCAAAUUGAUGGCAGCAGCAGUGAGAAACAAACAGGAUUUGUUCAGUCUUCUAGGGGUGGACUACAUUAUUGCACCAUUGAAGGUCAUGCAAUCUCUUAAAGAAUCAAUCACUGCUCCAGAUGAGAAAUACUCUUUUGUUAGUAGGCUGUCACCAGAGUCUGCUGCUACCUACAAUUUCUCUGAAGAAGAGCUUCGUAAGUGGGACCAACUGAGCCUUGGCUCAGCUAUGGGACCAGCUUCUGUGGAGCUACUUGCGGCUGGAUUGGAUGGGUACGUUAAUCAGGCCAAGCGAGUCGAGGAGCUUUUUGGCAAGAUCUGGCCACCCCCGAACGUAUGAUUCACCAUCUGGAAUCUCUAAGCGGCUCUUAUUUACGAAGAGAAUAAUUCUGAUUCCACCUGCUUUUCGCGCUUAGGCUUUUCACUUGGGCUAUGAUGCAAAAGAAUGUAAAGCUCAUCGCCUGAUGUUAAUAAGUUUUACAGCUAUCGAAUUUUUUCCUCCUUGCUCCAAUAUGAGAACCGAACCUGAGUCGUCCUUGUCACCAAACAGAGUGUAACCUUGGUGUUCCAGGUUUCUGCUUCAUCGUGCAUCUCUGAUUC